UGGAUGGAUGAAGGUGUCACUAUAAACUUCCUAAUUCUAAGUAAAGCCCACGGAAGGCUUUGAGAAGCAGGAAGGUGUCUGAUGGACGUCGUGAGGGGACAUGACUGCUGAGGAGCUGCGGCAGUUCUUCAGCCAGUACGGGGAGGUGGUCGGUGUCUUCACUCCCAAACCGUUCGGGGCUUUUGCCUUUGCCACAUUGGCAGAUGAUCAGGUGGCCCAGUCUCUUUGUGGAGGGGACUUGAUCAUUAAAGGACCCGGUGUCCACAUAACCGAUGCUGAACUUAAGCACAACAGCAACGGACAGUUAAAAGUGGAAGAUCUGGUGGCAAUCCAGGGGGCUUUGGGAAUCAGGGUGGAUGUGGUAACAGGAGAGGGGGUGGAGCUGGCUUGGGAAACGAUGAAGGUAGGAAUAUGGGUGCAAGGAUGAACUCUGGCGCUUCUAGCAUUAAUCCAGCAGUGGCGCUGCAGCCCCAGCAGCAC